AUGAAGUUCCUUUGUCUUCACGGUGCCAUCGGCAACGUCGACAAUAUUAGCAUCCAGCUUGCUCCCUUGGUGAAAGAAUUGAGCGCGGAUGGCUCCGCCGAUUUCCACUACAUCAACGGCCCGGUCUCUGUAAAGCCUCCGGAUGGCUUUGCAGAGUAUUUUGGCGUGGGACCUCAUUACCGGUGGUUAGAAGACGGUGGAGCAGCGGAGGAAUCUAUGAUCUCUCGCGUACGAAAGGCUCCGCAUGGCUCAAGCCCCGAAGACGUUAUGAGAGCAUUGGGCAAGGACUGGGAUGGCCACUGGAUCAAUCAUCAACAAGUCAUGGAUUACCUCUAUGAUACGCUGGAGAAGAACCCCGAUAUCGACGGUAUCAUAGGGUAUAGCGAGGGUGCUGUCAUGGCUGCCAGUCUCAUCAUGGACGAAGAAAGGAAAGCUCAAGAGACCGGACGCCCCCGUCGGAUCAAAUGCGCGGUUUUCAUCACUGGGUGGCCCCCUCUGUCCCCUGAAGAAAACAUGGUUCUGGCGGACGAGAGCGACUAUAUCCUGGAUGUUCCUACCCUCCAUGUUGUCGGUGCAAAUGAUCCUUAUCGAUAUGGCGCACUAGCUUUGUUCAACGUUUGUGAUCCCGAUACCGCAGCUAUGUUUGAUACCGGGCGAGGUCACACCAUCCCGCGGUCCGGCCAGGUUAUAUUGGAGCUCGGAAACGCCGUGCGGGACCUGGUGGACAAAGCGUACGAAGCCUAA